CGCCGCUGCAGGAAAAAGCCGCGGAGCGGAUUAUCUCGCCGCCGUAUUCCGCGUAAACGAGUCGGUGCGCGCGUGCCCCCGAAACGAAUUCGCCGACUCGACUCGACUCGCGCCGCCGCCUCCCGUGCAUUCCAACGACGUCGUGGCCACACGUGUCGUUAAAAUCUGCUUGGUGCACCAUUUCUGGUCUGGAUGCACCCGGCUCGGGAAGGGAUUUCCCACGUGGAUGCGGCCGAAACUCGUUUUAUGCGUCUGUAAUCCGCGAUAUAAAAUUAUAUUCAUAAUUUUACGUGCCCCAUAAAAUUGACUUUAUGGCGAUCCACCGUCCGUAUUAUUAGAGCUCGGGGGGUAGGAAUUUUAUUUUACGUUAUCGCGCGGUCCUCCGGAUAGCGGAAGGCAUUUGAAUAAUAAUCGGAGUAUACGUAUGCAAAGUGUAUAGGGAGAUAAAUGUCAAAACAUACCGUAUAGGAUUGUAAACUGGAAAUUUAUGCCUUGAAGUCUUCGCGGAUUCUCAAUUGUCCGCGGUAGAUUUGAAAGACUUUAAGAGCGCGCAUUAAUCGACGUUAUGAAAUUACGAACGAGUUUAUAUUUUUGCGCGCGAGUUAAUAAACAACUGCGCCCGCAGUUUACUUGCAUUCCGGUAAGUUUUUUAUUUAUAGAUAACAUCUUACGUGGCUCGUUCAUUGACCUUGUUUUGCAUUUCGGCUACUUGGCACAACCGAGCAUCUUGAUCUUUUUUUUUUUUUUUAACAAAUAAUGGAAAUAAUUUUUAAUUAUUAAUAAUAAAGCAAACUAAACUCCGGUACGUCUAUAUAGAAAAAGUCGCGGUAAGAAAAUUUUGUUUUUCAGACCGAAGAAAUCUAGGAACGUAUUUUCCCUCGUCCCGUUACGUUACAUUACAGCAUAGAAAAAAGAAGCAGAAAUUACUAUUUAAUAAACUUGCAAACGGAGUUAAUUCGAUUCUGCGAUGAAAGUGAAACACACACACACACACGCGCGGCCGGCCGAUAGACGGUUACCUCAAUUUCCAUUUGCGGUUUCUACCUUUCGACGCAACGCGCAUAACGCGUAUUCACAUCUACUUUUCGCACUUCCCGUCGCCGGCCGAGCCGGUCGUCGUCGUCGUCGUUGUCGCUUAAAUGUCACGCCGAUCAAACAGGUACAGGCGCGCGGGUUACUUACUUAUGCCCGGGAUGCCUGUGCGUAUACCCAUGCAACUUAAGGCUGAAUCGAAUCACUUUCUCUUUUCUCCCGAACGCGAGACGCGUGCCCGAUUUUUGCGUACGUAUUACAACGCGAGCAGACCGGCACGACAAGCCGGCGUAACGCCGGUUAUUAUUGGUUCCGGUAUCCCGAAACCUUUUCUUCCUUAUUCUUUUUUCCCCUUGUUUCAGUAACGAUCGCUAUUAUUAUUAGCACUGCGGCGCGUAUGUGCAGCGAAUCCCCAACGAUAUGUAUAUCAGUGAAAACUCGGAAGGAGAUUAUUUUAACGACCGCCGUCUGUCGAUUUCGUUAUUUCUUCUUUCUUUUUUUCCCCUUCGGAGAAAUCACGGGGAUUGCGGAUGAUUAGCGUGCGAUUUCAAGAGCGCGACAGCCAGUAAUUUCAUUAUCGUUGCCGUUUCCUCCGAGAGAAUCGCGUACGUCGAGGAACCGACGAGAGUAACAAAACGUUAACACGCGACGUGGCAAUCAUCGCUAAUUCUGUACAAUGCUCGUUUUCCCGCGGGUAUUACGAUCGUCGACGAUUCUCGGAGUGGCGGGGUGUCUUUAAUUAAAUCGCGGGCAAAUUUUUUCUGUAAAAAGCGCCCAGAGGUAUUUUCAGUAUUUCUAAGGAUUUGUCAAAUGUCCCAGACAAAAGUCGCAUGAUCUGAGAGGAGGGACAAGUAAUGUUCUUGGCAUGCGCUGCCGCGCUCUGCGCUGCACAGGAUGGGCCGAGGGAACCGAUCCCGAUACGAGCGACUCGCUAUCAGAGAUUACCCCCGCGACCAGGCGGCACCGGACCGGCGUUUCCCAAUCAACGAUUUCGCCGACCGAUCUCCUUCAAACCCCGCGGAGACGACGCGCCCGGUACGUUCCGGCCCGUCCGGCCGAAUCUGCCGAUAACCGCGCCUUCGUUCGCGCAUCAUGUGAAGCCGGUGAACGAGGAGCCCGAGGAGGAGGACGUGUCCUCCACCCACGAGGAUGAGGAUUCGCGCGACCAGAGCCAGGAGGUCAGGGGCCGGGACAGCGAGGAGGACCUGAGCGAGGAGAUACCGCGCACGGCGGCGAAUCCACCGCGAACGCUCCCGGUGAUCCCGGGACCGGUGUACCGUCCGCCCGUCCAGACGGUGACGCCGGCGAGCGUCAGGGUGAGUCCCACGACCCUGCCGGUGCCACCCGUUCAGUAUCGUCCAACACCGCCGCCGCCGCCGCCUAUCCAGUACCGUCCGACGCAGAAGCCCACGAAGGCCCCGAGGAAGCAGAUCGCCGACGACUUCACGUACCAGCAACCGAUCAAACCGCCGCCGAAAGCGGUGAAGCCGUCCCAGGCUUACGAAAUCCGCGGCAAGAAGCCGGUAGCGCAGAUCAUUAGGCGAUACCGACACGACAAUCCGGACGGUUCCAUUACGUGGGGCUUCGAAAACGAUGACGGAUCGUACAAGGAGGAAACAAUCGGCGUGGAUUGCAUAACGAGCGGUAAAUACGGGUACAUUGAUCCGGAUGGUCUCCGACGCGAAUAUACAUACGAGAUGGGAAUCAAGUGCGACGAGCAGGAACGAGAGGAGGAGGAAGAAGGUUUCGUGGAUUAUCAAGAGAACAAGCUGGUGCUCCCGGACGGAAAGACCAUCGAUCUCUCGUCAAUGGGCAAAAAGCAACGUCGGCCCCAGUUCCAAUACAGAAAUUAAAGGAAUAAGAGACUCGCAUUUCGUAAAUUCGCCAUCGCCCUUGUCGCACUUAAUUGUCGCGUAAUAACUCAUAAAAAUGUAAAAUCAUGCGUUUCUUAGGAUAAACUAGAAUUAAAUAAGUUAAGAUAUCGAGAGAUUAGCGAUACAAAUAACGCGUAAUUCCAUGUAAGAUCAUUUAGUGUAUUAGGCUUAAUAAAUAAAAUAAUAAACCGAAAUAUGAAUAACA